UCUCUCGUGUUAGCAUAACGGAAGCAAAACAAGACCACCAUAUCUGAACUUGAGCUGCAAUGAUUCUCGUGUUGGUAAAAAUAGCAGUUGUAUAAUAGUACAACAAAGUGUGAGACAACUGAACACCAUGGAAGACAAGUUAAAGAAGGAGUUGGGGACAACCAUGCUGAAGUCCACGGGCCACUCAGGAGGAGGAUGCAUCAGCGAGGGCCACAGUUAUGAUACUGACACUGGAAGAGUGUUUGUGAAGAUAAAUCACAAGAGUGAGGCCAAAUUGAUGUUUGAUGGGGAAAUGGCCAGCUUGGAAGCAAUUUCAAAGACAGAAACUGUGAAAGUGCCCAAGCCUGUGAAGGUGAUUGAGCUUGACACAAGAGGAUGUGUGUUUGUAAUGGAACAUCUUGACAUGAGAGGUCUCACCAAGUACUCAAAGCACCUGGGAGAGAAUCUGGCAGAUCUGCACAUUCACAACAAGAAACAACUUGAAAAGUUAAAUAAAGAGAAGCAGACAGUAGGGAGAGGAGCUGGGCAGUCAGAGGUGACAGUAUUUGAAAAAUAUGGCUUCGGUGUAACUACAUGCUGUGGAUAUCUGCCACAGGAAAAUGAGUGGGAGGAGGACUGGGUGACAUUUUUCUCCAGGCACAGGCUGCAGCAACAGCUUAACAUGGUGGAGAAAUCCUAUGGAGACAGGGAGGCCAGAGAACUAUGGGCAGAACUACAGAGGAAGAUCCCCCAGCUUUUCACAGAUGUGGAGAUAGUCCCUGCUCUUCUCCAUGGAGACUUAUGGGGUGGCAAUGUGGCAGAGUGUGCAGAUGGCCCAGUCAUCUUCGAUCCAGCGUCCUUCUAUGGACAUUCAGAGUAUGAGCUGGGUAUUGCAGGGAUGUUCGGUGGCUUCAACAGCUCUUUUUACUCUGCCUACCACGAAAAGAUACCUAAAGCACCAGGCUUUGCACAGAGGAACCAGCUCUACCAACUCUUCCACUAUCUGAAUCACUGGAACCACUUUGGUGGUGGUUACAGGGGCUCUUCAGUAAAGAUUAUGAAGAGUCUACUGAAAUAAUUGCACAUGCAUUCACUUAAGGAAAAACUUCCCAAUCUUAAACUCCAGACAAGUAUUCUAUGUGUAUAAAUAUAUUGACUGAUUGUAAUUGGACCAAAAAUGGUAUGGGUAGAUUCAAUCUAAUGUCCUCGUAUGGCAAUACCUAUUUAAUUAUGUAGAAAAUACAGAAUAUGUAUAAAAAAAACUAUAUCUAAGGCAUUCUUUCCCUUUAACCACAACUAGAUUGAAUUAAGCUACUUUACAAAUGACAUCUGAUUUUACUAUGAAUGCAGAACUAUAUACUUUAUUGAGUUUAGGUUUUGAUCUCAUACAAAUCAAAACACUA